AAACAAGAGCAGAGGAAGGCACAAAAGGAAUAGUGGUAACCCCAAUAGGAAGCAAACUUCUUUUUCGAGGCCAAUCUGCUGCAAGGCAUGUGCAUAAAGCACUGCCAAAGCAGCAAACAUAUUCAUUUCUCUAAUCCCAACCUUUCUAUCCACUCAUCAUUUUUUAUUUCUUUUUGAAGCUUAAAGCUCCAAUUCCAGCCUUAAAGCUCUGCACACCCUGCAGAUCUUGUGACUUAUUUCUAGCUAACAUGCGGCCAUUGAGUAUUAGUCGAUGGUUCUUUUUUUGCUUUUUAAACUUCUUGAAGAGCAAGCCCACAAGGCUUUGCAUACUGAGUAAAACAGAGUGAGGUAUAUAACACCACCUCCACACACGCAAACACACGCGCAACUCAUAAAAUAUCAGUGCUUGUGAACAGUAUUGAUGUAAUUGGGAACAACCCAUCUGAGAAAUCUUGCUUCAGGAUUGCUAACUUGAGAUGGGCAUCACCGGCGAGAUGGUUAGGAGCGUCUUCUCCAAAAGCCGGUCUGUCAGAACUCAAGAGUAUCAGGAAAGGGUCAAUGCGGCGGAUAAGAGAAAAUGGGUCUCCGUGAGGUCUUACCUAUGUGGGGAUGAAUUGAAUUCUGUUUUUUCUGAGGAGGAUUCAGCUUCUGUGAGUGGUUCUGAGGCCACUGUUACACAGCCCAUACUACAGGACGGAAAUGUCCGGAGCAAAGAGGCCAACGAAGAAAUCAUGCAGGAAAAGCCAAAUUCUAUGUCCAAACUAAUGCAGAAAGAGGAUGCAGCAAUCGUCAUCCAGACUGCAUUUAGAAUUUUUCUGGCUAGGCAUCCAAAGGAAGAACCUAAGCCAGAGUCCAUUGAAGGAACACCAAGUCCAAGUAAAGAGUCUAUCGGUACAUCAAUUGAAGUUCAAACGGGAAAUUCUGUCGAAGUUUUCUCAAUCCAAAAGGAAAACAUGGCCAUUCAUCACAGGGUGCAACAGAAACCCAGACCUCAAAUUUUGAAGCUGAAGGAAGACUGGGAUCAUAGCACCGUGAGUAGCAACAUAUCAAAAUUGAGGAUUAAGAAUAGAUUAGAAGCAACAACCAGGCGUGAGAGAGCAUUAGCCUAUGCUUUUGCCCAACAGUUAAGAAUCUGUUCAAAGAAAAAACAAACCAGAUCUGAAGGCAUAGAAUCGAAUAUAGGUUGGAGCUGGUUAGAACGGUGGAUGGCGACUCGCCUACCAGAAAGUUCCUCAGUUGAAGACCAUAUAUGUAGUCAGAUUGAGCCAAUCAGCUGCGCCCAAAGUCAUGCAGUUAGGAAGGAAUUGUUCGAUGUAGGAGGAGAAGAAAAGGAGAGUUGUGGAUCUAAUGAUGUGUCUGUCAAAAUUGAAAGCUUUUCAGCUCCUGUACCAACAGAGAGAGAUGGUUCUAAGCCUGCUAAAAACAAGCUUAAGGUGACACGAAGUGUGUCAAGACGGAAAACUGUGCCUAGCUACCAAUACCCAAAAGAAUAUACCAAGAAAUUGUGUUAUACCACUUCUCUUAAAAGAAAAAGACCAUCAUUUUAUGUCUACCCCCAGUAUUAGAACUCUCUACCAAAGAAAAGAAUGUUUGGCAACCAAACUUAGCUGCUGCUAUUACUAGCAUUGUUUUGUUAAAUCAGCAAAACAGUUGGGAAAACUCUGCAGUGGAAUACUGCACUUAGACAAGGACCUGAGCGAAAAGUUGAUCCAGUGCACUUCUGUUAGUUCUAUGUUAUGUCUCUUUGCACCAUUUGAUGGAAUUAACUUUCUAUUCUCCUCUAGGUAAAAGAAAAUGAGAACCUGAAGGAUGCUGAAAGAGAUAAAUUACACAAGAAAAAGCAGGUAAGAAGUAAAAGAGAAAGUAAAUGCAAAGACACUUCAUGCCAACUGACCACCUAAUGUCCUCAUCAGCAAGGAUUCUGCAAUCCAUUCAUCUGGAAAUCUAUUAAGAGAACUAGAUCGAGUUCUUUGAUCCAACUAAGAAUGUUUGUCGGAUUGCCUGGCUUUUUAAUUUAUCGUUUAAUUCUUCUUGUAUCUACUAUGACUCAAUUAUUUUAUCUUAUACAUCAUAAACCACCUCUGCAGAGCAUCAAAA